AUGGCAGCCAUGAACCUUCAAGUUGAACAACCGGGGAGUAAGACGGAGACGUCACAACCACCCUUAUGUCCAUCAUUUUCUUUACUUCCAGACGAGAUCGUCGUGCGUUGCUUAGCCCGGAUCUCGAGAAUGUACUAUCCAACACUUUCAAUCAUUUCAAAAAACUUCCGGGCACUCCUCUCUUCCAAGGAGCUCUACGCAGCUCGAUCUCAUGUAGGAAGCACCGAGGAGUGUCUAUACGUCUGUCUCUCUGAUGACACUUACCAAUCUCCUCAAUGGUUUACUCUCUGGAUUAACCCUAAUGGAACUCUACCAAACUCUACGAUCAAGGAGAAGAAAAAAUCGUUGGCUCCAAUUCCUUCGUCUGAUUUUCCUUCAGUAACAGAAUCCACCCUAGUUGUUGGUUCGGAGAUUUAUGUUAUCGGCGGACCAAUCAAGACCGAACCGUCAUGUCCCUCAUCAGCCGUACGAAUCCUUGAUUGUCGUACUCACACAUGGCGUGAUGCACCUAGCAUGAUCUUAGCCCGGAACCAUGCUCUCACAUGUUUCUACGAUGGAAAAAUAUAUGUCAUGGGAGGAUGCGGAGUACUGGAAGAGCCAUGGGCUGAGGUUUUCGACACAAAUACACAAACUUGUGAACCUAUCUCAGAUCCUGGUACUGAGAUACGUAAGGGAUAUAGAUGUAACUUAUCCACAAUCAAAGAGAUAAAAGGAAAGAUUUACUAUUGGGAUUCAAAAACGUAUGCGUAUGACACAAGGCAUGGUACCUGGGAGAGUUUUGUUGGGCUUUGGGAGUCAACAACUUGUUUGAUCGAUGGUGGUGUACAGUACUACUAUAUUCCGAAGUCAGCAUGUGUGAUGGAUGGUGUAUGGUAUUAUAUAAAUCGUAAUCCCUUGACCUGCUGCUGGACAAAGGAUGGAGAACAUUGGAAAGUUGUGAAAGGGUUAGACUCUUUAAGAGAGAUGUACAAUAGGAAGGGUGGCGCUUGUAGAACUACAGCUAAGUUAGUUAGUUGUGGUGGGAAACUCUUACUUUUGUGGGAAGGGUCUAUGACACUUAUUCCCAGUAAGAGGAAGAAGAUUUGGUGCGCGGAAAUCACGUUGGAAACUAAUGAUGAAGGUGAUGUUUGGGGGAAUGUUGAGGGGAUUGAUGUUGUGCAAAGAGUUCCCACACAAUGUGAGCUCUUGCAUUGUCGAUCUCGUUGUCUCGGUUUGAUUGACUUCUAUCUGAGGUACGUACGAUCUGAUUAA